AUGCAGCGCCCAACGAGUAUGGUCGCCCCUUCGACACCACAAAAGAAUAAUAUCUCCACAAAUUUCAAUGGCACGAAUGGAAUGACCGAUUCCGGUUACUCCUCUCCCAUCUCGCCUUCGCUCCAUAACGGAGGAUCGAACCGAGGCAGCACCAGAAUGAGCGCGAGCUACUCAGCUUUCCGCAGCUCAUUCGGUGGAGGACAGCAAAAGUCAUCCAUUGUGCAAGAUACAGCAUACACUCUCAAGAGGAAGAGUGCUUCCGAACUGGGCGCCGGAAUCAGCGAGACGGCCGAUAAUGUUUCUUUUAUUAAUCUGGUCGAGUGGAUUCGCUCGGAGCGAUUGCAGACUCUGCCACACAAGGGCUCGAGAUGGGAUACUGUUCUCAUUCGAGCGUUGUAUUUCGCAGAGAGACUGCAUGGCUUUGAGGUGGGCUUGAAAGCUCAUGCGUUGGAAACUGAGCAUGCAGCGCAAUUGGGCUACGGCCAUAUCAGACUUCUACUGGAGCUCGGACACUCCAACAGUCUUGCCCUCGACAGCGCAUUUGGUUUCAUCUACCGAUGCUCAUCUGCAGUGUCAGUUCUCCUCGCACGCUCAGAAGUGCUCAAGCUCUCUGGUGACGUCUAUCAGCAACUAUGCUUCAUGUAUACCGACCUCUUGGCCCUCGUGGUCGAUGUCGCUGUGCGGUUCUAUCGCACGGUGCACGGCAGCGCGGGCCAGUCUGCGAGCCUGGACAUGUAUGAGGUCUUUGGCGAGACCAUUACCACUUUCCGACAGCGCCGAGAAGCAAUCACCAAAGCGAUCUGGAAAGAGCAGAUUGAGGCGGACGGGACCCUAGAUGAUAGUGUCGACGUCGACCACUUGAGCCGCUGGCUCGCGCCCCAGGACCGUGUGCUCGCCACCCUUGCGCAGGAUCACACACUGAUCGCCAAUGAUAUGGCAGAGUUCACGGGAGUGUGGUUCCUCGAUGAUCUCUCGGCUUUUGUCAAGAGCAACGAUUCCACACUUCUGGUCAAUGGGCCCCCCGGUUCUGGUAAGACGACUCUCUCAGCAGCGUUGGCAGAGCGUCUGCAGCGCCCCGUGGCUCGCAAAGGGUACACGACCGCGUUCUGCUCGGUCGGAGCAGUGCCAUCGCAAGCGACCAGCUUGAGUGUGGUCAAAGCCUUGCUUCAUCAGAUCUACACCAUCCGCGUGGGUAAUGUGGGCUUGUACCAAGCCGUCGUGACUGCCUACGAGCGAGCACGCUACACCGCAGACCCAUCCAAGUAUGAAGAUUUGCUCUGGGAAGCACUGGAGAAUGCUCUUCGCAGCCCACUUCAGAAUGCUCCCAGUCUCGUCCUCAUCGUCGAAGGGAUCGACGAGAUCAUCGGUGGGCAGUCUGCGGGCCAAGCGCUUCUUCAACGACUUGUCCAUGCUGUGGAGCAGGGCCACGGGGUCCAGCUGAUUGCAAUGGCUCAAGAUCUCAAGCUCCCUACAGGUGCACGUGGCACGAGCCGUGGCAUUACGGAGACAGACACCAAGGGUGACAUCCACGAAGUCGUGAUCAAGACGUUGAUCAAGUCUGCCCACUUCCGAGGAAAGACAGGACGCGAGCAGGAAUCAGUCGCAGAGUAUGUGAUUGCUGCGGCCGACGGAAACUUCUUGUGGGCUGAGCUCACAUCGGAAGUUCUGAGGCUCGAGAAGUCUCCGCAAGAUCUCGACAAUGCUGUGAAGGAUCUGAGCAAGUCGAAGAAAUCCAUCGACGAGCUGACCCUUCUGUUGCUCACCCGACUGCAACCGUCUGAGGAUGCCAAGCUGCUCCUGUCGUUCCUCGUCAACGCAGCUCGUCCGCUGACCUGGGACGAAAUCGAAAGCUUGUACACGAUCAAUGUUCAGACUGCCAACAGGUCGGAGCGCCGAGUAGACGUGCACUCCAUCGUGGCAACACUGGCCCCUCUGCUCGACAUCCAGGAAGACAUCAUCCGCCCCAGGCACGCUUCAGUGCAAACAGCUACACGGAACCUGUUCCAGAGCGGCAAGAUUACAAUUCCAGUCAAGGACCAAAAGCUAGACCUGCUGCUGCGCAUCCUGGCAUACACCAAGAUGUCCUUGACAGAGAAGGGCGAGCCAACUCUCGACGAUACUGACCGAACGGUGGUCGAGCACAACUUCAGCCGUUACCCGCUGCUCGAGUAUGUCAUUCGAUACUAUCCAUGGCAUCUUCAGCAAUCGGGCGUGAUCACUCAAGGAAAGCCCACCGAGCCCAAGAUCAGUCCUGAGCUGCAGAAGAUGUUCCCCGAGAGUACUGUCAUGGCUGUCCUCGAAUGGCUCGUGUGGGACGAUCAAUUCCCGGGAGCGCAGGAAGUCGAGGUACACGAUAUGGUACGCCGUGUGCGUACCAAGAUCUUGACUGAGAAACACCCAGCUGUUCUGCAGAGCUACAUCAACACUGCAUGCUACUGGGAAGUCCUCGAAGACUGGACCAAGGCCGGCGAGCUCUAUUACCCCAUCUGCACCAUUGGUCGUACGAUCUUGAGUGUAUUGCACCCAGUCGUGGUGGAGUCUGCCGUGCGUUACAUCCGUAUUACCGACUCGUACACCUCUAGCACCAGGACAGACAUCAUCACUCGCCGCGAGCAAACAUUCAUCUUGCUGAUUUCGGCUUAUGAACGCCAAUUCGGCAUGAGCUCCGAGGUCGUGAUUCGUACACGAGAGCGUCUGGUAGAGCUCUACAUUGCUAUCGGCGAGGAAGAGCAUGCAAGGGAUAUCCUCAAGAUCAUUCACGGCCACUCCAGCGACAGCAAUGGCACGACUGGCGGAUCUACUCGAGCGGUCGACGAGCGAUUCGUAGUCAAGUUCGGCAAGCAGAAGCAUGGUCAAGAGCUCGGAGAAUACGACAGUGGAAUCUUCAUCGACGACGAGAAGGAUGAAGAUGCCUUGGUCGUCAUCGAUGUUGGCCAAGCCGAUGUCAUCCUCCGUGAGAUUGAUGAAAUGAUUGCUCGUCAAGAGUUUGUCCGAGCUGAGCAGACCUAUGUUGAGUUGUGGCAGCGCCUCUCAGAGACGUGCCGUACCUCGCUCGCUGUGGAGUGGCACGAGAAGAAGAUCCAGGUCGUCCAGGCAUAUUCCCGAUAUCUGCAGACGCAGAAGCGUACCACAGAAGCCACGAGCUUGACCAUGUCGAUCUGGCGGGAGUACGAGCACCAUGAGCUCUCCUACUCCGAGAAGAUCGUGAAAAGGCUCACCGAGUCUGCAGCUUUCCUCAAGAGCGUCGGAGAGUAUUCUGCUGCCUUGUCGAUCCACAAGCACGCGUCGUACUACUACAAGAAUGUCCGCCAGGAGGAGUCCAAAUCAUUGACCGAAAUCGAGGAGGAGAUGACUGUGAUCAGCAACCUCGCUUUGACGAAGGCGACCCAGGACACCAAGAGCACAUCCUCUUCAUCUAGCAACGAACAGUACGACAUGUUCCGUGUUCUCAUCAGUAACAAGAGCAAGUCUGUCGAGGCUUCUACCCUCUCACUGGCGAAGACUCUGACGCAGAGAUACAUCGAGGAGAAGCAGUACACUCAGGCCAUAUCGGUCAUUCAGGUGACACUCGACCGAACUUGGAGCUCAUUCCUGUCCAAGUCCCUCCACGAAGUGACAAUUGCAUCUUCGUUCCAAAAGGAGUCCAUUGAGCUGGUUGAGCGUCUGGCCGAGGUGUACAUCUUGCAGCGACGUUUCGAGAAGGCCGAAGACAUUUACGUGCGACUGUUCCGAGCAGCGCUCACCAGCCCGAAGGAUACCGCUCUCCUGGAUAGGGCCAAGACACUGAUCAUCAACUUCUAUCAAGACCGUGGCCACCCCAGCAAGAUCAUUGCCGUGUAUCAGGAGCUUCUGGCAGUAUACCGCAGGACGCUGGGCCCCAGCCAUGAGAUUACCAUCACCACUCUCUACGAGCUGGGAUCGAGAUGCAGAAAGCACGCACGAAGCCACCCAUACUGGAUCGAGUACUACCAGCAGAUAGUCACCGUGCUGAACAAAGAUUCGACCACUGUGCACGUCCGCGCGAUGGAUGCCACCAUCAUUGUCGCCGAGUCCUACUGGGAGGAGCGCAGAUAUAGCGACGCUGUCGCGGCAUAUGCCAUUAUCUGGAACACUUUCGUGCAGAAGCACAAGGAGUUCCAGCUCUUUUCGGACGCAAAUUUCGUCUCCAGCAUCUAUGAGCGAUACUACCAGUCUUUGGAAGAGACCAAGGCUGAUUAUGAAGUUCUGCUCCAGGUCACAAAGCAGUACCGAGAGACGACAAAGGCAGUCUUUGGUGCUACGUCGACGAUCGCAGUCCAGGCUACUGUUGCACUCGCGCGCGUCACUGAACAGAGCGAGUCGCGCAUGGAGGAAUCCAUUGCCCUUUACGAAGAGGCUUCCAAGAGUGCGUCCCAAUCAGACUCUUCCUCAUCAUCCAGCAACUUCGACUCGUCGGAGCUGCGCCAGAGUCUCACAGGGCUGUACAAGAAGCGCAUCUUCCAGUCGUCCUCAUCUGCCAACUCCGAUACCAUUUCCAAGGCCGUUUCGGUGUACCAGGAUCAAUUUUCCGACUACAAAAACAAGUACACGUACUCGCACCAGGAGACAUUGAACAGUCUGCGUGAGCUAUCGCUGCUCUAUGUGCGUCAACAGAAGACCGACCUGGCAGCAAAGGAGCUGAACACGGCCCUCAUCACGAUCGCUCAGCAAGAGACCUCCUCCGAGCGGAUGUAUGAGUCUGCCGUAUCUCUUGUCCAGACAUACCGGGCUGCGAACCUGAUUCAGCAGUGCACACAGAUUGUGGAAGAGAUGCACUACCAGUUGGUGGUGCGUGAAAAGCGGUCGAGCUCGUCUUUCAGCGUGGUCGAGGCCAGUCAUGCAGCGCUGUUCUUCCUCGCUACCCUGGAGUACCAAUUGCGCCAGGAUGUGGCCAUUACGCUGUCCGAAAUCAUGGCCAGCUUGAGCGCCGAAGCAUUCAUGUACGGCAACUUCAAGCAAUUGGUGAAGAACAACGCACCAUUGGACAGGCUUCUGCUCGCUGCUGCGCCGCUUCGGUACUUGCUGCUUCGGGCAAACCGCACCGGUCUCAUUGCCGCGGUCGAUCACGAGUGCGUACAUAUCUUCGAGCAACGCGAGGCAUCCAAUGUGCAGCUUCUGAGCAAGGAAUCGCCACGCUACUUCAUCGUCGGCAUUCUCGAGCACAUUGCGAACCGCAAAUGCAACGACUUUGUGCGCGCCGUCAUCCUGGCUUCGAACGGCACUCUCAAGAAGCUGGUGGACACCAACAAGUUCGCCGAUGCACACGAUAUUGCAAAGAUGACCUUCAUGUAUGCUCAGCAUCGCAAAGGUUACCGUGGUCCCAAGGGCAUUUCUCGUGGCUUCGAGCUGGCUUCAUACCUCGACGGUCGCGGCGAGAACAGGUGCCCUGAUCCCGAGCUUCGCAAGAAGCUAUUGCAAUUGUCCAACAAGAUCGUCAAGGACAUUAUCGCCAUCUGCCGCGAAGAGAAUAUCAACUUUGCUCAGGUGCCACUCAAGGAGCUAAACGAGCUGAUUGCUUUGCUCGGCGAGCAGCAAGAUUACGACACACUGGAGAUGCUCCUCACCGAGUUGUGGACAACUCGCGAAGCGCAAAAGAAGUGGGCUCCAGAAGUCCUUCUCCUCCUCGGCCGCCGUCUCAUCUGCGCUCGAUACCUCGCCGGUCGACAGAUCAAAGCCCUCCGACUCGCCGAAGACAUCGCCUACAACCUUCGUCGCGUCAACGGCAUCAAGAGCUCAGCCACUCUCGAGGCUUACGGUCUGUUGGCAGAACUGUACACCUCCAUCGGAGGCAACUACCAGAAAGAGGCAGGAGCAGGAGACAAGUCCGCAGCAGGGCUAGCUGCAGACCACUUCAGGAAAGCAGUCGUGAUACACGAAGAUAUCCUUCGCUGGCUGCGAUCUGACGCGACCGGUGGCGACGUAGAUGAUGGAGUGGAUAUCGACGAUGAUGACAGCGCGGCCCAGAUUCUGGCUGAGCACGGCAUCCAUCACGACACCCACGGACAACACCAGGACGUUGAAGGCACCGGAUUCAGCACCGCCCAGCGCGGACAGCUCAUCAAGUGGCAUCUCCGUCUGCUGAAGUUGGCUUACCAGCGAUAUGGAAGCUGGCCCAAGGACUACAAGCACUAUGAGAGCCUCAAUGCUCAACUUUUCCGCACCUUUGCCACGGAGCUGAAGGGUGUGGAAGGUGUUGAGAAGUGGCAGGCCAAGGGCUUCGGCGCAGGCAAGGCUGAGAGUAAUGAGGGUGCUUUCCAGGGUAAUCAACCAGAACCCAAACCAAAACACCAAAACCCAACAAUAACUAUGUCCGGUCUCCUCAACAAAGCCAAAGAAGCCAUGGGCAAGAGCAGCGGAGGUUCCACUGAUGCCGCCACCGGAGGAGCAGGAGGUACUCAAUCUGGAAUUGAAAAGGGAAUUAGUGGUGCUGGUCACACUCAAAUCGACAAUGCGACGGAUCGCUUGGGAAUGGGAGACAAGUAUGAUGACAAGAUUAAUAAACUUGCCGAUGGGCAGAUUAAUAAGAAUGUGCCUGGGGGUGCGACGAAGUAG